UAUCAAAGUGCUAUAAAUAGGCAUCAACAAAAACAUAUAGAUCAAGUUGUAGCAAAAAUUAAGUAGUGGGAGUUUAAUUAAUGGCUAAUCUGCAAUUAGUUCCAGCUGGGAAGAAUGUUGAGGCACAAUAUGUGGAAAUGAUGGUGCCUUUAUAUUCUUAUGGAUGUGAGAAGAAAAUCAAAAGGGCUCUUGCCAAUCUCAAAGGUAUAUACUCGGUUAACGUAGAUUAUGAUCAACAAAAGGUAACUGUAUGGGGAAUUUGCGACAAGCACGACGUGCUCACGAUCGUGAAGAGUAAAAGGAAAGGGGCCCGUUUUUGGAAUUCAAACGAUGAAGCAAAUCGACUUCAUCAAGAGUCACAUUCUGCGCCUUCUUCACCAAAACCUUCAUUAAUUCGUAAAAGCUCGGCACGCUAUUUGACUAUGAUAAAACGUCAGUCACUAAAAUUAGAUUUGUCGAUGGUAAAGCGCAAGUCUUUGAAUUGGCAAAUUUUGAAGAAGGUUUUUGUGAGAUCAUACUCAUUCUAAGAACUGCAAUGUUGUGAUGGAAAAAAUAUCCUUGAAUGAUAUGUAUGUGGACUUGCUCUUUUGUAUUGAAAUAAAUCACCAACUUUUGUGCCUUUUGUAAUAUUAAGGUUGAGCAAUGGUAUUUGUAUUUGAUAAUUUGAACAUGAUAAUGCAAAUACUUUCAUAUAGGAUAAGU